AUUGACUUCAUUAUUAUUAUUAUAAACCAGACUAAUCGAUUGCAUAUUUGAGGUCCACAUUUUUAACCUGCAGACACUGUUUUUUGAAACUAAGAAUUCAAGUAAGCAUGUUCAAUUGUUUCAUGCUGAAACAGGAAAACCACAACUUUCAAAUUUCACUGCACUAGUGCAUUUAGAGCUGGUUUUGUUUAGAUGACAAACCUGAAUAUGUGGGUAGAGGCUAUGGUUAUGGAAACAAGCAAUUGUACAUGUCAUCAGGCUGCAGAGCAAUACACCUCACAAGCAAAAACAUUCUCAUAAAAACACAUACAAAACAUGAUCACAUUCAACUAAUUCAGACAUUUAGAGGCCAACGUUCAACGCCAAACAUUCUGAUCUUCACUGAAGAAAGAGUUAUCACUAAAGUUCAGAGAGCUUUAGAAAGUGACUGGUAUAACAGGAUGUGACAGUAAGCUUCCUGUUAUGGCCUGCUUUAAUGUUACCACUGAAAUUCUGCUAAGGGCUUUUAUAAUGACAGUUAAAUCUCAACAUGUUGUCACUACAGUAUAUCAAUUCAGCUUCAGUUAGACAUGAACUGAGUUGCACAAAUGAUCUUCUGUGAUGUGCUGACAACAAUAUCAUAUUUUAUACAUUUUAAAAAUUGUAAAGAUCACUUUAUAUCAGAAUGAAAGUGUAUUUUUGGACUAUUUUACUUUGAGAGUUUUAUGAAAUGAAACUUUGUGUGAGUUUAACAACCAGCUGAUAGACAUAAUGUAAUUCAAAUACUAAUGAAUUUGAUAAAACCCACAAUCUAAGCAAAAGGAAAAAAUCCCCGACCUUUAAGCAUUUCAAAGCCCUUUAUCAGAAAUCCCUCCCACCACAGUCAGCCAGGCGACGUUUACAUUGAAGACCCUUUGCUUUUAUCUUAUCAGUCACCGAGAUGGAGCGAGCAAUAGUUAUUGUCAUCGCGCUCGUAUGUAAGUCCAUUUUAGUGUUUUUUUUCUUGUUGCGUUCUUUUGAUUUUAUUGACAGUCCUCUUUCAAAUAUAUGAACUUACAUAUACUACGUAUUUUUGCUUUUGCAGGUGUUUUGUUCUGUGAACAGCAGAGAGUCUUUGGGGCAGAAGUGGACAUGAGAGUUAAAGCAGGAGACAGCAUCACUCUCUACUCUGACUGUGUCAUGCCAUCAGGAUCACACAUUUUUUGGUGGAGAAACUGCUCACAUGAGCAUCAACCAUCUCUGUUCAUAGAGGCUGAAAACCUGUUCCAGAGGACUUUUCCACGUUUUAGUUUCGUGCUCAACAGCUCCAGUAACUCCUAUGAUCUACAUAUUACAAAUAUCAGUGUCUCUGAUGAGGGACUGUAUUAUUGUGUAAUAAAAGAAAGAAAAGUACAUGAUGUACACGGCAUCGUAGGCUCUGAGUACCAGUAUGGAAACAGAAGGACUCGUCUAUCUCUCUUGGAGCCAGCGUCUCCUCAUGCUGAGCAGUUCAACACCUCCUCCACACCUCCUGUAUCAGACCUCUGCUGGAGUCCGCUGAGUGAAGAUGAAGUGUGCUACGCCUCAUUGAACACACUUUCCAUGCUGAAGAAAAAGACACUGCAGAAUUCAGACUUCUGUACUUACACUGAGGUCAGAACCAAAAGAACACAAAGAGAGGAUUCUGGAACUCUCUAGGGCUUGAACUAUUUAACCCUCGGUCAUUCUAAACACCCUGGUAAACGCAAUCCUGGCUUCUUGCUUCACAUUUCACACUGUUCAUUAUAAUUAACCCGGGGAUAAUAAAAGAAACGGAUGUACAUUCCGAAACCCUGGGUUAAUAUUCUUAUUUGCAUAUUUGCGGUGUCCGUGUCAUUGAUUGGACAGAUGCAGCAACUGACCUGUUUACAUAACGACUCUAGCAUUGCGCAUCCUCAUACUUUUUAUUUCAGACUUGCUGUCAAGCAAUGUAAGAAUGAAACAGGCUCUUCUUUAUUUUUUCACUUACGCGUUUUUACCCUUUGACAUUUUUGAGACGCCUCAGACGCUAAACCCCGGGGUUAAGCGCACUGAAAAGCCCUAAUCCUUAAAGAUGCAAUACAAAGUAUUUAUUGACUACUUGUUACUUCACUUAAAUGUUUACCAAUCCCGACUGUGUAAAUGUAUCCAUUGUGAAUGCAUUUUAUUUAUGUAAAGAAAUCAGAACCAAUAAUGUUCCCUCUAAUUUUUCUAAUACACUUUUCUCUGUUGGGCGGACAUUUCGGCCACCUGAGCAAAAACAU